UCUAGACUCAUAGAUCCUGUGUCUCUCUCUCUUUCUUCACCAUAAAACCUAACACUUCUCUUUCUCUCUCUCUCUCUCUCUCUCUCUCUCAAUUGCCGGUCGAUUCGCCGCCGGAGUACACUGGCAGAGCUCUCACUGAUUUCUUCAAUUCAUCCCACGAAGUCCUCAUUCAAAUAAUCAUUUAAACUUUGGUAACUUGAUACACUCAACUUAAAGGGCACACUCACUCACUCCAUCAAUACUCUGCAAAAAUGUAAUUCUGUUAAAAAUAGCCCCAAAGUAAUUUCACAUCAUUGUACAUAUAUAUACUACACAUGUUUAUAUAGUUCUCAGAUUCGAUAUCUACACAAAAUACAGUUUCAUUUAUAUAAACCUAUCUAGGGUUGAAAUCGAUUUGUUGCUGUUUUGAGUCCUAUUUGUUUAGGGUUAAUCUUUAGGAAACCCUUUUAUCCAGUCACAAAAAUGCCUCAAGUGAAGAUCAUCGCCAAGAACUUCAUGGACAUGGUGGCCUCGUUGCCUGCCAUGAAGCUCGAUAAGCUCUACGACAACGCCUUCAUUUGUGAAGCCAUUCUCAGAUCUUUGCCACCAUUAGCCAAGAAGUAUGUAUUGCAAAUGUUGUACAUUGAUGUACCUGUGUCAGCAAAGUCAAUGCAAGAGUGGGUACUUGCAGAUGGAUACUCUAAACAUAAUGUAGCCAUUGAUAGAUUGAUUCAGUUGAGACUAUUUACUGAAGCUGUUGACAGGAAAAAGGAAACCACUUAUAGAUUAAACCCGACGUUUCAGAUUAACCUUCAGAAGCAUAUAAUACAUGGUGGAGUUUUACCAAGGGAACCAAUGCCUUCUAAUAUCACUGUGAGGCUCCCAAGCUUGGAGGAUUUAGACGCCUAUGCUGCUGAGCAAUGGGAGUGUUUCUUGCUGCACCUUAUAAGCUCCUCCACUCAAGGUGAAAAGACAACAAACUUCAGCUCUUCUCUGAUGAAAAUAUUCCAGCGAGGUCUUCUGAGUCAAAGAGACAAAGAACCUCCAAAACUAACUGAGAGUGGUUUCCAAUUUUUGCUGAUGGAUACAAAUGCACAACUCUGGUACAUAAUCAGGGAAUACAUCACAAAUUCUGAGGAGCGAGGUUUGGAUUCAGCGGAUUUGAUUUCAUUUAUGCUGGAGCUUAGUUUCCAUGUCACUGGCGAGGCAUAUAAUAUGAACACAUUGACUGAUAGUCAGAGAAAUGUAAUAAAGGACCUUGCGGACUUGGGAUUGGUCAAGCUCCAGCAGGGUAGGAAAGAGAGUUGGUUUAUUCCUACUAAGUUAGCUACCAACCUGUCAAUUAGCUUAUCAGAUACAUCAUCACGGAAACUCGGCUUUGUUGUUGUGGAAACAAACUUUAGAGUGUAUGCAUAUUCAACAUCUAAACUACAUUGCGAAAUUUUACGCCUCUUCUCAAGGGUAGAAUAUCAGCUUCCAAAUCUUAUUGUUGCCGCGAUUACAAAAGAAAACUUGUAUAAUGCUUUCGAAAAUGGCAUCAUGGCAGAGCAGGAUAUAAUUUGCUUCUUUGACGAACCUCUGGAUUUGCAGAUAAUUUCCUUUCUUCAGCAGAAUGCACAUCCUCGAGUUGCAGAGAGAGUACCCUCUGUCCCAGAAAAUGUCACCGAUCAGAUUAGGUUGUGGGAAUCAGAUAUGAAUAGGGUUGAGAUUACACCGGCUCAUUUUUAUGAUGAGUUCCCUACUAGGGAGGUUUUCGAUGCUGCUUGUGACUUUGCACGAGAAUAUGGAGGUUUGUUAUGGGAAGACUCAAAAACGAUGCGCCUAGUCGUGAAGGCUGAAAUACUAAUGCACAUGCGAGAUUUUCUGCGUCGUGAAAAGCAAUAGAAAUUAUGUGUGGAAGAAUCUACGAGAGGGAAUUUGAAUGCUUGAAAAAGCAUAUACCUUUGUUCAUUUGAGGAUGUAAAACAAAAUUACUAGAAAUGAACUGGGAAAAACAAAACACAAAAAAAGAAGAAGAAGAAGAAGAAGAAGAAGAGGAGAGAGAGAGAGAGAGAGAAGAAUAAGAAAAGGAGGUAGAGAUGAGAUGCAAGCAACGCAUAUGUUUUGAAUGGUUUUGACUAAUUCAAUCAAGUGAAGUUCACAGGGGUUCAUGAUAUUUGGUAUUUGUGUUAGUGACUAGAUCUGCUUGUUUGGGCUAUAUUGGUCUGAUUUUUAUUGUUAUUUUUAAUUUUUUUUAAUGGCUUAUUAUACAUUACAAUUUGGAUGAUUUAUAAUGAUCCAUGUGGGAAUUUAUCUGG